CCUCACUAAUUUUUAUCACUAUCUUAUGUGGAUAACUAGGUUAAAAUUUGUUAACUCGUGAUUUUAGAUUUAUACCCCCGGAGGGGAGAUAAUAAUUUUAGAAUAGGUAAUGAUGGAGAAAAAUUGCACUUUGGUGCAUGAUGGAAUCUUGAGAAAAAAACUCCCUAACUCAACACAAUCCCAAAAUUAUAUAAAUAAAUAAAAUUGUAUAAACAAAUUGAAAGAUAAUUGGAGAGAAUUUGAGGAUGGAGUUGGAAGAAUUGAGACUGAGGGUGAGGGCUGCUCACCCGACUGCUGAGUCUGAUGUUGAAGCGCUUUUUAACACUAAUGACGUGUCAAAUGACGGACUUUUACCCUACGACAUCGUAGAUGCUCUUUUAAGACAUUAUUUAUUACUUCAAGGUUUUCAAGACCAUAUCUUCCAAUUUCUCGAUACUAAUGGUAAGUUGGAUUUGGGUUAUGUGCGGAAAAUGAUGCAUGAGAGUAACAUGUUAGUGGUGAACGAGGAGACGAUGUUAAGCUGUGAGGAGAUGAAACUGCUGGCCGUAAUCUGGCUCAAAUUGCUAAGCGACUCCUACCUCGCCAAAACACUAAACCAACCAAACCCCAACCAACUCCAAGUUCUCAACCCAAACGAUUCUGUUACCUCAAAUCAACUCAUACAUCUCACCACUCAUACUAAUACUAAUACUAUGGAGAAUGUGAGUAAUGAGGAGAAUAUGGACAAUAGUAUGGGUAAUGAGGAGAAUAAUGUAGAAGAGGGAUUGGAGAGAUAUAUGAGUAAUAUAAGGGAUGAGAUAGAGAAGAAUAGGAUGUGUGGGAUAAAGUGUUAUGCGUAUCCGGCGUCGUUGACGCCAAACGGUUCAUGCGCUUCCGCAGGCGCCGUCGUACCACACCGCAGACUCAAAACACACAAACAACAUAAAAACCUCUUCACACUCUUCGGGUGCUGCUAAUACCACUAGUAAUGUUAACACACACUAGUAAUGUUAACACACACUGGUAAUUAUUGUUUGAUCAUAAUUUAUAGAAAAUAAUUGUAAAAAAUGGGUAAAAAAAAUAAAAUGCCAAAGUUGAUCGGGUUAG